CAAGAUAAAACAAACUUUAUUAUUAUGUUUCAGGCUCUAUGAAAUGGAUUUCUUUGACCUCACAACGCAGCAAGGACCUGCAGAAAAGGUUCAAAUAUUCGGGAGAAGGACCGUAGACCAUUAUGAAUCUAUGUAUAAUCCAAAGCCUACUCCUUCUUUUACUUCUAUCCCCAAUUCCACCCUCACAAGAAGAGAUGAUAUAUUUCUCAAGCCGAUGAGGGAAUACAUUGAAAUGCCAGAGCAGCAAGACACUACUGGUUUGCGACCAUACUUUCAGAGAGAAUUUGAGCCACCGAAUCUGCCGAUACGUCAGUACAGGGAGGAGAUAGUUGACACUAUAAAGAGUAACAUGGUAACUAUCAUAACAGCUCCUACAGGUAGUGGUAAGAGUACCCAGGUCCCUCAGUAUAUUUUAGACGAUGAAUAUCGAGUGGAAGGAAGGCAUUGUAAAAUAGUAGUGACCCAGCCCAGAAGAGUGGCUGCGAUAUCACUAGCUAAUCGUGUACUAAGUGAACGAAAUCUGGAUCCUUUGGGUAAUGACAAGGAGCAAGGAACACUGGUUGGUUACCAGAUUGGGAUGGACAAGAAAGUCAAUGAAGAUACACGACUAAUGUAUAUGACAACAGGUGUUUUACUCCGGAAACUGUUAAAUGCUGAGACUAUCAAAGAGUUCACGCACAUCAUUCUUGAUGAAGUUCACGAGAGAGAUAAGGACACCGACUUUCUUUUAUUACUUAUCAAGCGAAGGUUGUGUCUGCACGGUCUUUACUGUGUUAGAGUUGUUGUUAUGUCAGCAACUGUUGAUGCUAAAAAGUUUGCCAAAUACUUUCAAACCAUGGAUCCAGCGUAUCAAGUACCAUGUCCAGCUCCUAUAAUACCGAUCAAGGAACAAAUGUUUAGUGUUACCGUCUUUUACCUUGAUGAAAUUAGAACUAGUUUAGGCAUGGCUGAUGACACUGAUGAUGGAUCCGAUGGGUAUAGUGAACCAGGCUCUAUUCAUGACAAGGUUUAUAAGCUAGCGAAAGAGUUGAUAAAGUACUUUGAUGAAAUUGAUCAGCAGGAAAUUGGAGAUGAAGGCAAUGUAACCGAUAGGGGUUCAGUCCUAGUGUUUCUUCCGGGUAUUUUUGAGAUAGAGAGCAUGCAGCAAGCCUUAAAAAGUGACAGUUGUAGUGAAAGUUAUGAUAUAAUCUGCUUGCACAGUACAAUUCCCAGGCAAUAUCAGAUGAAAGUGUUUGAAUCACCACAGCCAGGAAGAAGGAAAGUGAUUUUGUCAACAAACAUUGCUGAGAGUUCGAUCACAGUUCCAGAUAUCAAAUACGUAAUCGAUUUCUGUUUGUCCAAAGAGUUGCACGCAGAUUCUGGAACUGGCAUGUCAUCCUUAAAGUAUGUCUGGGCUCCUAAGUCUUCUCUUGAUCAGAGGAAGGGAAGGGCAGGGAGGGUAUCCCGUGGUAGAUGUUACCGCCUUAUCUACAGGAACUUUCUCAAAGAACUCAACGAUUUCACCACUCCAGAGAUGCAACGAUGCUCUGUAGAACAACUGAUUCUUUGGUGUAAAAUUCUCAACAUUGGGGAGCCUGAAGAGAUGCUUUCAUAUGCUUUAGAUCCUCCUGAUUUGAAUAAGUUAAGGGAAGGUGCUCUUCUGCUGCUAGAAGUUGGAGCCCUUGUUUUACCCAAAGGAUGUAUUGACAAUCCUUUGAAACAAAACCUCACCUUUCUUGGACAUGUCAUGGGUGCCAUGCCACUUGAUGUUCGAUUGUCUCGUCUUAUAAUGUUUGGACUUGUUUUUGAUUGCCUGGGAGAAGCUGUUAUUAUGGCAGCAUGCUUAUCUUUACCAGCCUUUCUUGAAAUUCCUUAUAACAUCAAAGAGCAGAAGCUGAAAAGUUAUGUUUCACGAAUGAAAAAAGCCAAAGGAACUUUCAGUGACCCAAUUAUGAUGCUCAAUGUAUUCAACGAUUGGUAUAAUCUUUAUAGUGAAGAUAACAAGAGCAAAGCUCGUGAUUAUUGUAGAGUAAAUUUCCUCAACUACAACAGAAUCUCAGAAGUCGCCAGUUUGGUCCAAGAUCUGUACAGCUGUUUACGGCAGAUGAAUGUUCCAGAUCAUUUAACAAAAGAGCGGCAACCCACCUAUACAGGCCAACAAACCCAUUAUGAGGUUAUCUUUCGACUCAAACUUACCCUAGCUGCUGCUAAUUAUCCCUAUUACUUCAUCCAGAACAAGUCUUUCUUAGACAAAGAAAACUGUAUGAGAACUUUCGGAGCAAAGUCUCCCUCAGAUACUGUGAUGUAUACAGGAAUGCGACUAAAUGUUCAGUCUAACUCGGAACUGGAGCGGAAGCACAGACAAGAGAUUAGCUCAUUUUUCAAGGAUGUCUUUGAUCCGGUGAAACGGUUAUCACUCGAAAGCAACCGUCUUUAUGUUACUUUUGACAUGGUAUCAGAGUCUAUAGUUUGUAAAUCUGUAUACUAUGCAUUGAAGACAAAGCAGAUUGGACUCUCCCUGAAAUUAGAAUCUAAAAGAGAAUCGAAUUUGCCAGUUGCAUCUGUGAAAUCCUUUCCACUUCCGGAGAACGAUCAAAGAGUCAAGGUAACCGUAACUUACAUUGAAAGCCCAACAAAGUUUUACGUUCAAAUUCGUAAUCCAUCGAUCAGGAAGAACUUCGAUGAAUUACAUGAGCAACUUCAGAUGGUACAACCAGUGAAGGUGAGACCUCUAGACAUAAGAGAAAACAUGUGGGGCUUAGCAACUUUUGAAAAGAAUGAUAAAACUCUAUAUAGAGUUAAAGCUCUCAAAGUUGAUCCGAAUUUUAAUGUUAAAGUGUAUUAUCUUGAUUUUGGAAAUUCAUUGUGGAUAAAUGCCAACGUAUUCUUCAAAAUACCUCACAACUUCUUGAUGACAGGCUGUCCGUUUCAAGCUGUAGAAUGUUCUAUUGAAGGUAUUUGUCCCGUUGUGGAUUCCAGAAGCUUAUCUUCAGCAGAAACAUGGGACAGAAAAUUUGUUGACCAUAUUCGGCCGAUUCUAGAGAACAAGCACUUUGAUGCAAAAGUUUUCUACCUUCUUGAUAAUGUACUACAUUUAGAUCUUUUUGAAGGAGACGUCAGUCUAAAAAGAUGGCUGGUUGAAAAUGAAUUUUUACCAGUGACUGUUGCUACUGCAGAUUAUCGAACAGAAUAUGCUAGGAUGAUGUUGGGAGGCAACGAGGUCAGAUUAGAAUCCAUUGAGGCUAGCGAUGAAAGAAAAGAAGAUGAGCUCCAUUUUAAACCUGAGAAAUGCGUCCUCUCGGGUCCCACAAGCCCGUAUGAAGUCGAAUACUGUGGACUUAACAAUACGGCUAGAUCAUACCGCACCAUCGUCGAUCCCAAUUCUGUCUGUUCCGUCACGAUAUGUACGAACCCCAGCGAUGACUUUACCGAAAUGUUAACAGCAAGUACAGUGGCACUGAGUGGCUCAGGAUGUAGGGUACAGCUAAGAGGAGUUACCCAACAUCUUCCUAUUAGAGGCUUUCCUGAUCUGAUGGUUCUUCUAUUUUCUCCCAAAGUACAGUUUCACACAACUCCUAGCAGGCUUAAUUAUGUGGGGUGUAUCGCUGGAUUGGGCAUUGACACAAACGGUGAUCCUCUGUGGCCCGAUCAUGAUCUACAGGUGACUUUUGAUCAUCGGAUCCUUAGCUCUGAUAUCGAUCGGAUUAACAAAAUUCGAUUAGCCAUCUCAAAUAUAUUGACUAAGGACGAGGAUGACCCUUCAAAACUCAAAUACAUCGAAAGCCACAUAAAGAGAUCUCAAAUGAAAGUUAAAGAGCUUGUUGGCCAGCUUAGAAAAGAUUUUGAAGGCAGACAGAGAUCCAUACCUCCUUUCGAAAACAUCGUAUACUCUUGGCGUCCUGACAACUUCACUUGUAACUCCCUAGAGUUAUUCCCUGAAACUUACCCUGGAGAGGAUGAGGAUGUAGUGCGGCCUCACAGCACUCUUUACUUCACGGAUACAUCUGGGUCUGACCUUCAGAUUGAACCAAAUGAUGACAGAAACCCAGGUUUAUAUGAGAAAAUGGAAGAAACGUGUCAGUAAACUUCAGCGGUACACUUACAAGUUGAAUGAGACCACUAGCGUGAACACUGGUAAGUACCUGGAAUGUAGACUGUGUAAACUUACGUUUGAUCGGCCACGUGAGCUGGCAGCUCAUCUAGAAACUGAUGCUCAUCUUACAGAGAUCCGGAGGCUUGAUUAUUGGUCCAAUUCUAGGUGAUCAAUGUAAUUAUUUGAGGAGUUAAUAAGAAUAUGUUCUCUUGUUUUACUUUUUAUAUACUUCAGGGUUGUUAAACAUGUUGGUUCUUUCUUCGAAGUUUCUGUUUUAUUAUGCUGUAUUUAUAUUUAGCUAAAUGUUUUUUAAUUUAAUUGAUUCGAAAGCUGUUAGAUUUGGGUGAUUUAUAAAGCUGUACGUUGAUGCAUGACAUUUUAUUUUUCAAAAGAGAUGUGCCAGUCUCAAAAUGAUUUAAUAUUUUAAAAUUGACAACACCGUGUAUGUCAUAGACCUUUUUAUAAUUCAAUCCUUUACAACGUAAGUAAAGAAGUGAACUGUACUAAAAAAUCAAUAAUAUUGACAGUCAUGGUGAGAUAACUAGCUCGGUAAAGUUGAAGAAUGUGACGUUAUCAUGUUUGAACAUGGUUAGAUAGAAAAAGCCGUCAUACUGUCUUGAUCAAAUUGAACAAGAUAAUAAAACAAAUAUUGUGGCGAAAUAGUUUCUUUGCUUGAACCAAUUAAUUAGUAUGUUAGUAUUUGGAAUCCUCUCUAUGUCACCAAAUUUCUUCAACUUUCACUGAUUCGUCAUUCGUGCUAGUCAUGACUGUACGAAUUGACAAUGUGUCUGUUAUUGUACACUGUAUUGUAGUUUGGCAGUGAUAUUUAUUUCAAGAAAUUUUUGUCAGUCGAUGCUCAAAUUCGUUACUUUUUACCUAGCCGACUUUUAUGUGUUUCAAUAUGAUUUCAUGUUACCAGUACAUAUAAUAUUGAUUCGGGACCAUAAACUCGCUGGAAAUUUAAAAUUUGGCGUAACGAAAUUAUUGAGACAUUUUUCAAGCCUACGUCCUAUGAUCUGCUUUUCAGUUUUUUGUGAAGUAAUAAAGAAUUGGGGUUCCCAUUAA